UAACUGUCAGGUGCGCACUGGAAAAUUGUAAAUAUGGCGGAACCUGUAACUCCCAAGAAGCCUCCUGACUGGAAGCAACUGACUGAGACGGUUCAGGAUGCUAAUACUUUAAGAGAGGAGUCUAUGAAUGCCCACCACGAUCAUCUUAUCACAGAAAUAGAGACUUCCGAUGGACCACUGGGGACUACGCUUAGAGCGGUUUACGAAGGCGAUGAAUUGGAAAAGUUUAAAGGGAGACUUGAUGACCACAUCAAGUCACAUGACAAAGAGAUUGAGAGGAUGUGUAACUACCAUUACCAGGGGUUCAUCGACUCCAUACGCGAGCUGCUUAAAGUCAGCAUGGAUGCUGCCCAGCUCAAGGAUGAGAUUCAGGCCGAUAACCAAAGUCUGCAGGAAUCCUGCUCUCCUCUGAUGACCAAGGGGGAACAACUCAUAAAGUGUCGUCGCAUUCAGCGCAACAUAGCCUCGGCCGCCGAGAACCUUAACCUCUGUUUGCCUGUGUUGGAAAUGUACGGUAAACUACAGGACCAGAUGAGAAGUAAAAGAUAUUACCCGGCGUUAAAGACUUUGGAACAACUUGAACACACCUACCUUCCCCGUGUAAAUACCCACUGGUUUUCGGAGACCAUGAGUGAUGCUAUACCCAAGUUACGUGAACGCAUUAAAGAAGCGUCCAUGUCGGAUCUGAAGGACUUCCUGGAAAACAUCCGGAAACACUCGGCAAAGAUUGGAGAAGUGGCCAUGAAACAUGAGAAACAGAACACAUUUACCGGAAUGGAGGAUAACACAAUGUUGCGAAGAAUCAAGGCUGCUGAGCAGAACAACAUGGACCCGUCUAUAGUAGCCGUGAGUAAGAAGAAGGAGAGAAAGCGAGCCCCUCCACCUCCCAACCCCUUCACAGGAGAAGUUGACCAGGAACCAGAACCGGUCACAGAUGACACGCCGGAACUUAAUGAGGAGGAAAUGGGGGAAUUAAGUGCUCAAGAUCUGAUAGACUUUUCCCCAGUAUACAGAUGUCUACAUAUCUACACUGUGUUGGGAGACCGUGAGAAAUUUGAGACAUACUACAGAAAACAGCGGCGGAAACAAGCGAGGCUGUCCCUACAAGCUGCCUCCAACAUGCAUGAAGCUAUUGAUAAUUACAAGAGAUACUUCCAUGAUAUUGUAGGGUUUUUCGUAGUAGAAGAUCAUAUUUUAAGUACAACACAAGGCCUGGUUAACCGUGCCUAUAUGGACGAGUUAUGGGAGAUGGCCGUGUCCAAACUGGCUGCAUCCUUACGGACAAGCUCGGCUUUCUGUAAGGAUGCCAAUAUGAUGUUGGAGAUAAAAAAGUUGAUCGUACUAUUCUGUCAUACUCUGAGGGGCUAUGGUUUUAGUGUGGGACAUCUACUGGAACUUCUCUUGGAAUUGAGGGACCAGUACAGUGAUAUUCUGACACGACAAUGGGUGGAAGUGUUUAAUGAGAUUUUUGAUGAUGAUAACUACACACCUAUUUAUGUGGAAAAUGAAGAGGAGUUCCUGGCUGUGGUCACUCAGUUCCCGUUCCAGGAUGAUGACCUUCAGCAGAGUACGUUUCCUAAGAGGUUUCCAUUUUCGGAGUUUGUGCCAAAUAUCUAUAACCAAGUGAAGGCGUACAUCAAUGCCUGUUUGAAGUUCUCCGCUGACCUCCACCUAAGCCACACUGAGAUUGAUGACAUGAUAAGAAAGUCAACAAACCUACUGCUGACGAGAACCCUCGGGAGUUGUCUGUCGUCACUCAUCAAACGUCCACGGCUCUCUCUCCUACAGUUAAUUCAGAUUGCCAUCAACAUGAACUACCUUGAGAAAUCAUGUGGAUACUUGGAGGAGUAUAUCUCCAGUAUUACAGGUGCCCAGAAUGACAGCAUACACAUGGCUAGACUACACGGAACUUCAAUGUUUAAGGACGCCCGUAGUGAUGCAGAGGAGCAUAUCUACAAACAGCUGAACCUAAAGAUUGAUGAAUUUUUGGAAUUAGCUAACUAUGAUUGGAUGGUGACUGAGGCCAAAGGUCAUGCCAGCGGUUACGUCGCAGACUUAGUGGCAUUCUUACAGAGUACAUUCAUGUCCUUUACCAAUCUUCCGGAGAAAAUAGCCAAGACUGCGUGUAUGUCUGCAUGUAAACAUAUCGCCAACAAUCUGCUGGAAUUUAUCCGUGACAACGACCUGAAGCAAAUGACUCUUGGCGCUUUACAACAGUUUAACCUGGACCUAAUCCAGUGUGAACUGUUUGCUGCCUCCGAGCCGGUACCUGGAUUUACUGAUGGAACACUAGUGAUGGCCUUUGCAGACGUCCGACAGUUGUUGGACCUGUUCCUGAACUGGGAUUGGUCAGUCUACCUGGCCGACUACGGUCAACCCAAGUCCAAGUAUCUACGCGUCCAGCCACAGGUGGCCAUCAGUAUCCUAGAGAAGUUAAACAAUGCUGAUAAAAAGAAAAACAAUCUUUUUGCAUCGCUGAAGAAGGGAGAGCGUGACAAGAAGAAAUUGUUAGACACUGUUUUAAAACAGCUUCGUGGACUUGUCAAUGGCACUGCACCUCAAGUACAAGGUUGAGGUCACAGGUCAACCUCAGAAAACCUUGAAGGUUAGAGGUCAAGUUGUUGCUUCUAAGAGAGCAGUACUAAACUUUAAUGAAUAUCUUUAUGAUGUAAAGAUAUUCAGGAGAGAUAACUCUUUGACAUUUCUGAUUCUGUUUUGGUGUUGAUAUUGAGCCAGAGUGGUUUCUCUGACACAUCAUCUUGAUAUAUAACUCGGUGCAUGGUGUCUUAGACAGUGGAAUAAACGGAUUCUUCGUCAUCAGUGUUCCGAUUAACCAGACACCAGGCUGAGUGAAUAUUGUCAGGAUUGUAUUCCUGAAUUCUUCGACUUAGCUUGAUUGCAAGAUUGUGGAGAGAAGUGUCCAUAUAGAACUGCCCUAAUGAUACAAGAAACAUCAAAGCCACGCAGAUCUGGCCCAGUACAGGAUAGAGAAAUAUCAGUCUAGGCCUGGCCCAGUACAAUAUCAGUCUAGGCCUGGCCCAGUACAAUAUCAGUCUAGGCCUGGCCCAGUACAAUAUCAGUCUAGGCCUGGCCCAGUACAGGAUAGAGAAAUAUCAGUCUAGGCCUGGCCCAGUACAAUAUCAGUCUAGGCCUGGAGACUGGGCCUGGAGCCUUGGCCUGGGCCUAGACUUGGUCUAGUACAGGAUAGAGAAAUAUCAGGCUAGGCUUGGCCCAGAGUAUCACAGCUUACAUCAUGAUGGCUUUGUGAUAUUGGUAGUCAAUGUUUUAUGUAUCAUUGUAUACCUGUGAUAACUGCAACUUGUGUGAGGCUUUGUGUGUAAAUGUACAGUGCUUGUGUAAGAAUAGGCUUCCUUGGGUAAAUGCACAGUGCUUGUGUGAGAAUAGACUUUCUUGGGUAAAUGUGCAGUGCUUAUGUGAGGUAAGGCUUUCCUGUGUAAAUGUACAGUGCUUGUGUGUGGGGCAUUGUGUGAAAAUGAAUAGUGGCUUUAGAUUUGUAGCAACUGGGUAGUCUGACAGCUGACAGAUUCCCCUGACUGAUACUGAUACUGAUGUAAGUAUCAGGUUGCUGGAUUAACAAGUUCAGUCUAAAAUAUGAAGUGAAAUGUGUAUAAGAUGUAAUAAGGUAACAUUGUUAUAACUUAAAAACCAACUGAGAUGUCAUUCCCGUAUCACAAAAGUCUGGUACUAUCACAUGUUUCACAGGUUCACUGCAUUAUAAAAAAAAAUGAACUUUUUCUUCCUGCUCAUAUAAAAGGGAAACGUGAAAUCAUGCUUGGCUUCUGCAUCUGUUGUUAGUCUAAUGUCUAUCUGAUGACUGUUGUCUUUGAAACUCUACCGAUCUAGAAUGGCUGAGUACAUUUUGACUAAUUGAUAACAUUGAGGAUGUGUACAGACAACUGGCUCCAAAGUCCAAAUCCAUCCCCUAGGGACUUAACUUGUCACAGGAAAAAACAGAAAAAAUCAACCUGCCUUUUGAUUCAAUGAUGUUUCUGGACAUGUACAAGAAUUAGUCAAAUCAUCUAGCCCCAUCCCUAUGGACUCCCCUGACUGAUACGUCCCUAUGGACUCCCCUGACUGAUACGUCCCUAUGGACUCCCCUGACUGAUACGUCCCUAUGGACUCCCCUGACUGAUACAUCCCUAUGGAUUCCCCUGACUGAUACGUCCCUAGGGAUUCCCCUGACUGAUACGUCCCUAGGGAUUCCCCCGACUGAUACGUCCCUAGGGAUUCCCCUGACUGAUACGUCCCUAGGGAUUCCCCUGACUGAUACGUCCCUAGGGAUUCCCCCGACUGAUACAUCCCUAGGGAUUCCCCUGACUGAAACGUCCCUAGGGAUUCCUCAGACUGAUACGUCCCUAGGGAUUCCCCAGACUGAUACGUCCCUAGGGAUUCCCCUGACUGAUACGUCCCUAGGGAUUCCCCUGACUGAUACGUCCCUAUGGAUUCCCCUGACUGAUACGUCCCUAUGGAUUCCCCUGACUGAUACGUCCCUAGGGAUUCCCCAGACUGAUACGUCCCUAGGGAUUCCCCAGACUGAUACGUCCCUAGGGAUUCCCCCGACUGAUACGUCCCUACCAUGACAUGGUAAAUUAAGUACUCUAAUGCUAUCAGGUUUGGUAUUUCCCUCAGUUUAAACUUGGAAGCAGUUCACAUCCCAAUUAACACUAUUAAAUUUAUCUUUAAAAGCCUUAUACUUAUUCAGGCUAGUCAACAAAGUUCCUAUAAACCUUUCAUGGAAGCAGUUGUCUUAAGUAAGGGUGUUGCCCCCUUGGUGCUGAAAGUCAGAGCCCAAAAAUUAAAAAAGAACUUCAGUAUCAGUAAUUAUAUUACUUUGAAUGUCAUGAUUGCUUAAUUCCUGGGUAAACAGUAAGAAGUCCUUUGGUGUUCCUUAAAGAAAAGAACUAGGCCUUGGUGUGUAAGUGUAGAUAGUCCAUUAAAGACAUUAUCUGGAAGAAAUAUAAUGUCCGCUUGUUAGCUCACUGGUCUGGAAGAAAUGUAAUGUCCGCUUGUUAGCUCACCUGGUCUGGAAGAAAUAUAAUGUCCGCUUGUUAGCUCACUGGUCUGGAAGAAAUAUAAUGUCCGGUUGUUAGCUCACCUGGUCUGAAGGACCAGUUAGCUUCGGCCAUGGCACAGUGUCUGUCGUUUAUCAACUUUACACUACUAGUCAUGAACCGCUAAGCAGAUUUCACCCAAAUUUGGUGCGGAGCAUGUCGUUUAUCAACUUUACACUACUAGUCAUGAACCGCUAAGCAGAUUUCAACCAAAUUUGGUGUGGAGCAUCCUUGAGUUAAGAAGAACCAAUUGAGUGAAGAAGAAUCAGUUUUGUAUUAACAGUAGGCCUGGUUCCCCAGGGGCAUAUGGGGCAGGGCUGAAUAGGGGAAAUAUGCUUCAAAUUAGAUAAGAUUGAUUUAAGGAUUCGGUCAAUAUUGUUCUGAAGCAUCCCUGAGUGAAGGAAAACUAAUUUUGUGUAAAUGGUGAGCCUGGCCCCCGAGAGGCCUGAGGAGCAUGCAGGGCCCAACAGGGGAAAUAUGCAGCAAAAAGGUUAAAAUCCUUCUUCUGUAAAGUCCAUUUUUGGUCUGAAGUAUCCUUCGGUGCAUGGAAACCAGUUUGGUGUGAACGUUGGGUCUGGUCCUCCAGGGGCAUGAGGCACAGACCAGAUAGGGGAAAUAUAGCAAAUUCUUCAAAAAUCCUUCUGUAGAAAUGCAGUAAGAGUGUUUCCCCAUAUUUACCGUCAUAUUCAAGUGAGCAAUUCAGGCCCUCUGGGCCUCUUGUUAGGCAUAUCCAGAUGGUGAACAUGGCAUUUCUUAAUUUUUUUUUUAUUCAUAGAAAAUCCAUCCAGAUCAAGUCAGAUAUGAGAAACUGUCCAUUGUCAUCUAAGGAAAUAAAUGAGGAUUUCUGGUCCGGUGGUUUUCUUAAAAAAAAAAAAAAAAACUCCUGUGUAAGUAAUGUGGGCAUUCCGUCUGAUUGUUAGACCGAUCCAGACAUCAAACUUGGUAUUUCUUAUCCCAUUGUUUUUGUUUUAUUAUUUU